AUGUCUAGUUAUCUAUGUGAAGAGUUGAUUGUCGAAAUCUUCACAAGAUUACCAUCGAAAUCUCUCCUCCGAUUUCGAUCACUUUCCCAGUCGUUCUAUUCUAUUAUUUGUAGCACCGAUUUCAUCCGAAUGCACACUUUUCGAUCCCCACAAAAACUCCUCUUGAAACACCGAAAUCAUUACAAAAAUGAAGACAUCGAAAACUUUUAUACACUACAUUCAGAAGACCAACUGGCAUCGUGUACGAGUGGUAGAUACAUUAGUAUAACACCCAACCACUUUCCUUACAACAGAUAUUCCUAUAUUGUUGGUUCAUGUAAUGGAAUUCUCUGUCUGUGUGAUUAUUUAAAAGAAAACCACGUUAGUUUAUGGAAUCCUUCAAUUAGGCGCAACCUAAACUUGGCUGAUUGUCCUCUGAGAGGCUCUCGAAUCGGGUUUGGUUUUGACCCAAUCACUGAUGAUUACAAGAUUGUGAGUAUACCCAGAUACGGAGGUCAUGCUCUUGGAAUUGCACAAAGCUCAUUUGUUUACGCCAUGAAGAGAAGUGCUAAUUGGCGGAAGAUUGCUUUCCAUGCUUCUUCAUCUGCCUAUAAAGUUUUACCAUCGGCGUGUUUUGUGAAUGGAGCAUUGCAUUGGGUGGUUGUAGAACGUGACUCAAAUAACGUAAAGCGAUUUUACAUACUAACAUUCGAUUUGAGCACUGAUGUUUUUGGCAGGAUAUCAUUGCCAGAACCAAGUUGGGAAAAAAGGCGAGUAACAACCAUCCAAGGUUCGCUAGCUGUGAUUUCUACGAAAGGUGAUAAAAGUUGGAUUUGGAUUAGGCGAGAUGCUUCUUGGUCUGUGGUUUAUAAAUUGAAAAAAAAUAAAGUUGGGAAUGUAAUGGAAGUUUUGCAACUGAACAACAAUUGUGAUUUGUUGCUACGUACUUACUCUGCGAGACUUCGUGUUUAUAAUCCCAAGACAGGGGCGGGAUCAAGACUAGUUGACUUUAAACCUGCUUCUUACGUAGAUGACAUAGUUUUGUUUGUUGAAAGAUUUCAGUUGCUAGACAGGGGGAUUCCUGAUUUAAGUUGA